CGAUAGAGGCCUCAGGCACCAACCGGGGUCUGGAUUGCCAAGCACGGAUGAACUGCCACCGCCUUCCGAAUUUUUUUUGAGUCCCGAUAUGAUUGCAAAAAAAUUGGAGAUGUUCAUCGAGUCUACAACUUGCUAAAAUGGGCUCCUCUACUACUCAACUCACUUCGAAGGUGACCUCAGGUUCGCCUUACCAGCUUGAUAAGCCCCAGGCCAUCAAAGCUUCCACCGCGCUCCUGAAGCACAUCAAGUCUACCCAGCAGGAACAGGAGAAGACCGCCACCAAGAAGACUCUUAUUGGCGACGAUGAUUCCGAUGGCGAGGACAGCGCGACCAAGAACGAAGCCAUCUGGCUCGUUCUCACCACUAAGCAGCAUGUGGUCGACAAGAACCGCCUGAAGCCCGGCAAGAUCAGCAUUCCCCACUCUCUCAACACAUCUCCCUCGCUCAGUAUCUGUUUGAUCACUGCCGACCCUCAGCGUGGCGUUAAAGAUAUCAUUGCCGACCCAUCAUUCCCUCAGGGCCUUUCCUCCCGCAUCGAGAAGGUCAUUGGUUUCUCUAAACUUAAGGCCCGCUACCAGAGCUUCGAGAGCCGUCGCCAAUUGUUCGCCGAGCACGAUGUUUUCCUGGCUGAUGACCGUAUCGCCAUGCGCCUGGUACAGACCCUCGGAAAGAUCUUCUACAAGUCUAGCAAGCGCCCGAUCCCCAUCCGUAUCGCCGAGAUCGAGAAGGUGGAUGGCAAGCGCGUCAAGAAGGACACCAAGAAGAACAGCUCUUCCUCCAAGGAAGAGAAGAACGCUUCCUUCGCCUCUCCUCUUAUUGUCGCCAAGGAGAUCGAGCGUACCCUGAACUGCGCCUCGGUGCAGCUCGCACCAUCCACCACCGCUGCCGUCCGGGUCGGUUCGUCCAAGUUCACAGCCGAGCAGCUUUCUGAGAAUAUUGCCGCAGUUGUCAACGGUCUGACCGAUAAGUUCGUCGCAAAGGGCUGGAGAAACAUCAAGGCUCUUCACAUCAAGGGUGCCAACACCAUGGCCCUGCCUAUUUGGCUCGCUGAUGAGUUGUGGGUUGAGGAUGCGAACGUGCUGGAAGCUGCCCCUGAGACCGAAGCUAUCAAGGACUCCAAGAAGCGCAAGUCAAUUGGAGACGGCAAGCUGCUCGAGGAGAAGAAGACCAAGAAGACCAAGUCCGCAGAGGAUGAGGAGGAGGCUGCAUCCGUGGCCGCGCGGAAAGAGAAGCUCCAGCAGCUUAAGGCUCAGGCUCUCGAGGAUGGUGACACAAGCAAGCCCGUCGCGACAAAGACUGGUGGCAAGAAGAAGAGAAAGUCGACUUCAUGAUUGUUAUAGCUCUUAAUGUUUUCUGCAUGUAAAGGUAUUUCUGGCGUACAAAAUAUCACGUGUCUAUUGUUCC